AUGGGCGCUGAUGGGAUACUUCUGGUCUUAAGCAUAUUGACAUCGUCCAGUGAGCUGAUGAAUCUUAUAAACAAUGUGGACACUGUCUUCCAUUCUAAGCCUUCUGGGUCAUCCAAACCCAUACACAACAACUUGUACAGAUUUGUUCCAUCAAUCAGAGAACAACUGCAGGACUGGGAGGAUGGAUUGUGUGAAAAUGAUGCUGAUGGCUCUUUCUUGCACGAGAAUUGGAACAAGGAUUUGCAGUUAUUUAGUGAUGGUGAUGAUGGCAGACAACAGCUGCUACAGCUCUUUGUGUUGCGUGCUGAGUCGGAGCUGCAGACUGUCUUGGGAGAUAAUCAUGCUCAGAAUAUGGCUUGUUUAGAUUCUAUCAAAGCCCAGAUGGGGUGCUUAUUUGGUAACUCUACUCCAAGGAACACACAAGCAGUCCCCGAGACGAGAGAAAAUCAGCAUCCACGUGAUGAGAUAUUUAGUCCUAGAGUGAUACGCAACAAGAAGCAAACCGGUAUGAAAUACAGGGGUGACUGGUUGAAGCGACCAGUCUCCAAUGAUGAGAUUGCAUGGCUUGCAAAGCUGCUUGUGACUUUAUCAUGUUGGUUGAACGAGAAACUUGGCCUCAAUCAGAGUGGAACCACCGAUAAUCAAGGCGCUGCUUGGUCCUAUGUCGAGGUGUCGGGAGGCACAAGAAGUGUGAAUGGACCUGCAGACACAAUGAAAGUGGUGUUCUUGUCCGUUGUAUUCUGGCUUAUUUCAGUAAUUAGGGCAACGGUGAAGCUCAUGAGAGACCAUGGCAUGAAGGUGAACUUGCGGAUUCUUGCUUCAAAGAAGAUUAUGAUAUCACUGCUUAUGCUCGUUGCCUUCAGCGUCUUGAAGAAAGCAGUUUCCCAGUCCUAAACGCUGUAUAUAUUGUAGUUUAACCAUAAAGAAAAAAAAAAAACCAAAAGUGUUUUAUUAUAAAAAAGAGAAGAUCACAAAGAAAAAGUUUGAACAAUGGGUGGAGUCAAGAGUUAGAAGUCUCCUAGUUUUGGUGUUUUGUGGCAACAUGUGGGAAACAAUGUGCUCUGUUGUGUUGGCCGCAAUCGCAUGAAAACAUAUUACAUAUUGGUCAGUGAAAUAUUAUUUCCUCUC